CCAUAACUAAAAGAUUUGGAGAGCCAACUGCAGCAAAACAGAGAUAAAAUUGACAGCGAACGGAAUUGAAAUGGCUUAAACCGCAUGCCUAAUCAGACUCGCGUAGAAUUUUAGCCCGUGUUUAUUUUAUUUAUUGAAACGAAGCCAGUGAACGUGGGGUGCAAUUGCUGUUAUAUAAAAGUACGGCACUGUAACUGCAGUUUUACACUGCGGAUUAACUGCACUUCGCAGCCAGGAACAUGGGGAUAUAAAAGUAAGAAUUCCUGCGCUCAGCCAUGGGUCAAAUAGUGGGAUCCAUGCAUAUGAACGUCGCUGAGGUGUUCAGCAAUCGACGGAAGCGGAAGCGCAGCACUGAUUCAUCUUUGGGGAAGGAUGAUCCGGCCCAGUUAGACACCACUCAGCCCAAAAAAAAAAAACUUCUUACUACCACCCAGUACAUAUACAAGGCGCUCUUCAAGGAGGAAAAGAACUCGGAUGUGGCUGUCAUGGCUCUGGAUAAGGUCUGGCACCUGCAUAAGGUGUACCUGAGCCAGAGUCCAUACUUCUAUACUAUGUUCAAUGGGACGUGGCGGGAAGCCCAGCAGAAUUUCAUUCAGAUCACAAUCCUGGACGACCGGAUCACCGUUGCUAGCCUGGAUGCUGUCUUUGGUUCCAUGUAUUCCGAUGAGAUCGAAAUCGAGUCAGCAGAUGUUAUCUCGGUAUUGGCCACAGCCACGUUGUUCCACUUAGACGGAAUCAUCGACAAGUGUGCCGAGGUGAUGGUGGAUAACAUUAGUCCGGAGACAGCUAUCCAGUAUUACGAGGCCGCCUGCCAGUACGGUGUGGUCGGAGUCAAGAAGUCCACCUUUCAGUGGUUCCAGAUCAAUCUGCUAAGCAUUUAUAGUAAGCAACCGAACCUGCUUAGGCACAUCUCCAUUGAGCUGAUGAGUGCCCUGACCGCCAGUCCCGAUUUGUAUGUGAUGCAGACGGAGUUCUCGCUGUACACUCUACUGCGCACAUGGAUGUUCCUACGACUGCAUCCCGACUACGAUCCAGAGGACCCGGUCCAGCGGGCGGAGGCGCUAAAGACGCAGGAGCUUUUGGUUAAUGCCGGCGUGGAAACGCAUGCGCCUAGUGGUGAUGUCGUCCAGUGGACAUACUUUACCAGCCGCUCGGAGGAACGCUCGUUCUUGGCCACGCCCGAGGGGCAGCCUUAUGUGAAGGUCUUUCAGAAGCUACGAACCCAGUACCUGACCAACCACUACAUGGAUCUAAAAAUCAUAUACAAUGACAAUAUUAUACCCAAGGAGUGGCUGUAUCGGCACAUUCACAACCACUGGGAUGCAUUACUACGUAUCGAUCAUGGGCAGGAGGAUUGUCCUCAGCAGCUGGACGAUGAGCAGUUCUUUGAGAACUGCAUGCGAUGCGGACGUAUGUUGCUUGAGCCUGGCUACCAGAAGUGGCGCUGGACGGGCUUCAACUUUGGCAUGGAUCUCAUCCUGAUCAUGGACUCGCGUAGACUGAACAUUCGUCGGCACCACCGGCACGAGCACGAGCGAGUGCUUAGCCUGCAGACGAAACGCAAGUUCAUGGUCCGCACCACGGUGACCUCGAUAAACGCCCAGCGCCAGGCAGUCUUCACCCAAACGUCCGAGAUCUGUUCUCUUAGCCUCGAAAAGAACGAGGAGGUGCCACUCAUGGUGUUAGACCCAAAGUUGGUGCAUCCACUUCUCAUUUCAAUAAACAUGCUGGUGGUAAUGCCACCGAAUCAGAGUUUCAAGGAAAUUGUUCCGCUCAGCGAGGAGGCGACAACCUCUCUCUCCAUACCCAUUUCGGAAAUCGGAGCAAACAGCGACAGACCGCUGUCCCCGUCCAGUGCUGAUGAUUCGGCCGUUUUCAUUGGUGACUCUGAGCCUUCGACGCCAUCCUCGCCAGCCCCACGGCCCAGAAUCGCUUGGUCGGCUAGCGAAACGGGCGCAAUCUGCGGACAACUGGCGUGCUGAGCACGUGCUGAGCAGUCCACCAAACCAAUACCAGUACCACCACUACCACCAUUUUUUUGUUCAUUUACCCGCAGCAGUUCGGGCUCGUUGUAGUUGUUUUGUAAAUUCGUUUAUCGCCAUCGCGAUUAGCUACGGCUGAUCACUCCAUCUAGACGUUUGUACAUCGAGUAUAAGCAUAUCCGCAAUCGUUUUGGAAUGCGCAGAUCUAUAUUUUUGUAUAUCGUUUACAUCACUAGUAUCAUGUAAUGACGCUUUACGUCAUCUACUUAAAUGGAGUAGACGCACACUCUAGUGCCCUCGCACAAUAUGUAGGCGUUGCAAAUAGUUUGUAAAUUUGGAAUUUAAAGAUUAAUUGUUAUGUUUAAGUAACAAGAAAAAACGCGGCAAAGAAAUUAUGGUUUAAGCGUCUUCGAAUCCUGCAAGUUCAACGCAUGUAAUUACUGUCCCUAACACAUUUUUACUCGCUAAAUGUACGCACAGUAACUAUUACCUUGAGUGAUCAUUUAUUAAAGAUUACACUUAAU